UUCCGGCGCGAAUCGUCCUUUCCCGUCGUGGCGUCACGCCAAGUUCUAGAUGGAUGUCGCUGAUCCGCAUUAUUGUGUCAGCGAUUUACGUCGUCGCGCAGGUGUUCCUCGCUCGUCCAUCCCUUGCGGAAGGACGACAAGCGAGGAAUCUGUUACCGGGACAAUCGUCGGGUCAUCAUCACGGUACGCAGGAUGCAUCAUUAUCGGACAGUUACAAUAACAAUUCCGAAUUGCCUCGAUUCGCCGAGGAAAUCCAAAACGUGACAGUAAGCGUGGGACGUGAUGCCUUACUGGCUUGCGUAGUGGAUAACCUACGACAUUAUAAGGUGGCAUGGGUGCGCGUCGACACGCAAACUAUACUGUCGAUUCAUCAGAACGUAAUUACCCAGAAUCCCCGAAUCACGUUAUCGUAUAAUGAUCACCGUUCGUGGUAUCUUCAUAUAAAGGAAGUUCAAGAAGUUGAUCGCGGAUGGUACAUGUGCCAGGUGAAUACGGAUCCAAUGAAGAGUCGUCAAGGUUACGUACAAGUUGUAGUACCUCCGUCAAUUAUUACCAAAGAGACCAGCACUGACAUGGUGGUCCGCGAAGCUUCCAAUGUGACAUUGACGUGCAAAGCGACCGGGUAUCCGGAGCCUUACGUCAUGUGGCGACGGGAGGAUGGUCAGAACAUAAAUUAUAAUGGCGAGAGUGUGAAUGUCGUGGAUGGCGAAGUGCUGCAUAUCGUGAAGAUAAGCCGUCUUCACAUGGGAGCUUAUUUAUGCAUAGCUUCAAACGGCGUUCCGCCAUCGGUGAGCAAGCGCGUCUCGCUACGUGUGCAAUUUCCACCCAUGCUUUCUAUACCAAAUCAGUUGGAAGGAGCGUAUAUUGGACAAGACGUUACCCUCGAGUGUCAUACUGAAGCUUACCCGAACUCGAUAAAUUAUUGGACAACCGAACGCGGCGACAUGAUAGUCUCUGGCAAUUCUGUUUCAGGCGACAAGUACGAUGCGGUAGCCACCGACAGUGGUUACAACAGGUACAUGAUACUGAAGAUAAGGAAUGUCGGUCCGAAAGAUUUUGGUUCGUAUAAAUGCAUCGCACAAAAUUCUCUUGGCGGAACGGAUGGUGUCAUCAAGUUAGAUGAAAUCCCAGCCCCGUCGACAACAACUACAACACAGCAGCCAUACGAUGCAACGUCAGCGCACAAGAAUGGUAGAAACAGUAACAAGAAAUCACGACAAAAUCAACGACCUUUCGACUACGAGGUCGAGGAAUGGCGAAAUCCAGACUAUGAUAGGGAUUUCGGCCCAGCAUCGAUGAGGCCACCGGGUGAGCUGCCGGACGUCCAGAGCUCGGGUAUGUUCCAUCGUGUGCCGCUCAUCCUUCUCAUUUCGAGCCUCCUGUCAUUGCUGAUACCGGCCAUCCGAAGGUGAUUCUUACGUCGCAGGAACGGGGCUUCCAGUUCUAGUGUUUAUUGGUCGGCAUCCGGGCCGGCGACAGCUGGUGCGCGCGUGGUUCCGGUAUGCCAUCAGGCAAAUGACGGACGAAUACUAACCGCGUCGCGCUUGAAAUUAUUUUCGUACUAAAAGUAAACUUAUACAGAGAGAAAACAAGCGCAAAGGAAAUAUAUAUAUAUAUAAUAUAUAUAUAUGAAUAUAUAAAUAUAUAAAUAUAUAUAUAAUAUGUCGUGUAAGUAUAUAUGCGGUGAGUACGAAGUUACAUUUAGGCUUUCUCGACUGAUCGUGUGAAAAUAGCGCGACUCGAUUCUCCUAUGUACGGGACAAGCUUCCCAUUCCGCGACCGUCUCGGCGAACUCUCUUGAACAGAAACGUCAAGGAGAAAUGCUGCAGCGCAUACAUUGAGAGAGACCCGUCACCCGCGAUGUCCUUCUAUCAGGUGAUCUCGCGUUGAAUAGCUUCGGGGAUUGGGAAUACACUUAGUCCAUGAUGAGGAAACCGAGACUUCUCCCUGGAAAUUCGGGACAUUUCGAGGACUGAGAAUCCCCGGCCGGCGCAGCGAUCGCGCAGUGUUCGCUUCUUCUUUUUAUCUAUGAAUCGAAGUGGAGUGUUAGAUUAGCGAAACUUGAUAAUUCGGACACAAUGAUGAAUCUGCUCGAAUUUUUUCUACUAUGAUCUCCAUAAUAUCUUCCUAACAUGCAACUCCCGAAAAAAAUAUUUGAAUUUACGAUUGGCCAUCGUAUUAAUAUGUGUAACGUUCUUCAAAAGUAACGUUUUUCAAAUGCCGUUUGACUAUCCGUAACUAUUAUCCUCGAUUUUUCACAUAUCAGCUUUCGAUACUCCGUGUGAAACGAAACGUCAUGUACAUUUGCCAUAAUUCAUUAAACCAUUUAGUAAUCAUUAGGGGAUAAUUAAUUUUCUUCUUUUGAAAAAAUUGAGAGACAUUAAUGCAUUUUAAUUGACGUUUUUAAUAUUAUGUAGGCGUUUUGCCAUAUUACGAGAAAGACAAAGAAACUGUAUUCAGUAAAUAUACAUAUACGUAUGCAUAAAAAGAAUA